UUUUGUAUAUUGUCCUGUGUUUGUUAUGUGCUUUUGCUGUUCCCCAUGUGCUCUGUGUUUACCUGCCUGCUUACAUGGGACUGUCUCCGCCCCUUUCCUUAUUUGGUCUGCACUUCCUGUCUUAUUAGUUUUCCCUCCAUUUUCUACUCACACCUGUUUCCUAUUGUUGUUUUGUUGGUCUCGUCCAGUUAUCUGUCAAUCUGGUGGUCUGUGUAUUUAUAACUGCUUUGCUCCUGCUCUGUGAUUUGUUGGUUUGUUGCACUUGUUGGGUGCAGAGUACAAGAUUUGGUCAAGGGAAAGAGAACCAACAAUGAUUUCAUUUCCACUGUGGCUCUUCAUGGUGGCACUGAGUGGGCGUUUCACUGCAUUACACACUUUGCCCACCUCUACAGUGCCAGCCUCUACAGCCUCUACAGUGCCCGCCUCUACAGGUUGUUCUACGUCUACACAGGUGGUACAACAAGCAGCUGCCGAUAUAGUCUUCCUUCUGGAUGGAUCUAGGAGUGUGUCACCAGAUCAGUUCUUGAUCAUGAAAACGUUUGUGAAGAAUGUGACCAGGAGUCUCCUGCCGUAUAACACCUUAUUUGCCUUUGCACAGUACUCCAGUGAACUCACCAAACAUGUCAACUUUAAUCAGUAUAAUAAAAGAACAUUUGAAAGUCAGGUGAACAGUAUCGUCCAGAGUCGUGGAGGCACAUACACCGCAAGGGCUAUUAAGAAAGUUGUGCAAGAGAUGUUUGAUUCCUCUGUUGGAGCAAGAGCUGGUGCCAAGAGAUUCCUCAUUGUCAUCACAGAUGGGCUGACCUCUGAUUCUGCCAGCUACACCAGUGUUGCGGCACAGGCUGAUGCAAGCAACAUCACUAGAUACGCUAUUGGGGUUGGCGGUGCCUGGAGCAGCCAGUCAUCCCAAAAUGAGCUAAAAUCCAUUGCAUCUAAACCAGACUCGGAACACGUAUUUCCAGUGACCAACUUUGAGGGACUGACGCAUAUCAGGGAAUCACUGGAAAAGAAAAUCUUGACCAUACAAGGGCACCCCUGCUUUAAAGGGCCCUCCUCUACAGUGCCAGCCUCUACAGUGCCCUCCUCUACAGUCUCUACAGUGCCCUCCUCUACAGUGCCAGCCUUUACAGUGCCAGCCUCUGCAGUGCCCUCCUCUACAGCCUCUGCAGUGCCCUCCUCUGCAGCCUCUACAGCCUCUGCAGUGCCCUCCUCUACAGCCUCUGCAGUUCCCGCCUCUACGGCCUCUGCAGUGCCCUCCUCUGCAGCCUCUACGGCCUCUGCAGUGCCCGCCUCUGCAGUGCCCGCCUCUACAGCCUCUGCAGUGCCCGCCUCUACAGCCUCUGCAGUGCCGGCCUCUGCAGUGCCCUCCUCUACGGCCUCUGCAGUGCCCGCCUCUACGGCCUCUGCAGUGCCCGCCUCUACAUUCUCUACAGUGCCCGCCUCUACGGCCUCUGCAGUGCCCUCCUCUACGGCCUCUGCAGUGCCCUCCUCUGCGGCCUCUGCAGUGCCCGCCUCUACAGCCUCUGCAGUGCCCACCUCUACGGCCUCUGCAGUGCCCUCCUCUACGGCCUCUGCAGUGCCGGCCUCUACGGCCUCUGCAGUGCCCUCCUCUACGGCCUCUGCAGUGCCCACCUCUACGGCCUCUGCAGUGCCCGCCUCUACAGCCUCUGCAGUGCCCGCCUCUACAGCCUCUGCAGUGCCCGCCUCUGCAGUGCCCGCCUCUACAGGUUGUUCUACGUCUACACAGGUGGUACAAGGCAACCAAACUUGUUUACCCACCUCUUCAAAUCUGCUCACAACAACCCAAGUGCCUGCAGAUAUUGUCUUCCUUCUGGAUGGAUCUACGAGUGUGAAGGCAGACCAGUUCAUUCUCAUGAAGGAAUUUGUAAAGAAUGUGACCCGGAGUCUCCUGCCAUAUGACACCUUAUUUGCCUUUGCACAGUACUCUGACCAGAUGACCAUACAUGUGAACUUCAAUCAGUUCAAUAGAACAGGAUUUGAAAAGCAGGUGGACAGUAUGAUCCAGAGGCAAGGAGGCACAAACCCUGGAUACGGUGUUGGGAAAGUUGUGAAAUAUAUAUUUAAUUCUUUUGCUGGAGCAAGACCUGGUGCCAAAAGGAUCCUCAUUACCAUCAUAGAUGGGGAAAUCCAUAAUACUUCAGAAUAUCCCAGUGUCACAGCAGAGGCUGAUGGGCAAAAGAUUACUAGAUACGCUAUUGUGGUUGGCACUGCAUGGACCAGCCAGAUGGCACGAAACCAGCUCAAUGCCAUUGCAUCCAAACCAGAAUCAGACCAUGUCUUCAAAGUGGACAACUUUGAUGCACUCAACAACAUCAGCAAGGCACUGGAAAAUAAACUCUUGAACAUACAAGAUCUUCAUCCAGGUAUGGAUACUGCAUCAGCAGCAGUGCCCCUUGUGGCAGGGCUUGGUGUUGCACUGCUUUUGCUGUGUGUGAUUGGAGCCACAGUAGCUAUAGUCGUGUGGUGCAGAAGACGUGCAGGUAAACCAGAUAAACAAACAACAACAACACACCAAGAAACAGAUCAGGAACAAACAGCAUCAGACACUAAGUCAUCAUCAAGAUGACUUAAGAUACAAAACGACAUCAUUUGUAAGAGACCAGAACAGUGUGUGUGUGUGUGUGUGUGUGUGUGUACCUAUGGAUGCACAUACCAUAUGGAUUCCUGGCUCACAUGAACCUUGGUGGGCAUGUAACUCCACUAGACUUUUACUCCAAAUAAAAAUUUCAUGGCUUCCUGGUCUGGUAUCGUCAAAUCAGUUCAGUCUUGCAGCACUGUGCAGAUCUGGCUGAAUCUUCCAAUUAGAGCGCGAUUUAUGCCUGAACCGGCCCGUGUCCGACAGCGUUGCGUCCGAACCAGACAGUGGCAGCGGAAGCUGCUGUCUUACUACUUCUGGCUCUCUCUCGCUCCCUCUCGCUCUCACACCCUUGCUCUCCUUGCUUUUGGGUUUGGUCUGUAUUUUACUUUAUGUUUGAUGAAUUGUUUUAUCUGGUGUAUUUGACAUUCUAACUUGUUAACUUGUCAAGUUUAAGUAUGUUAUUUGGUUAAGCUUACUUUGUUCUUUUGUUAUAUAUUUACCUGAGUUUUAUUUUACAUUCAAUUUAAGUGAUAUUGGUCACAUUUACCUUUUAUGAUUUACUGGUAAA